AUGCCGACAGUCCGCAACCCCAUUCUUCCAGGGUUCAAUCCCGACCCCUCCAUCCUUCGAGUCGGCGAUGACUACUAUAUUGCCACAUCCACAUUUGAGUGGUAUCCAGGUGUUCAAAUCCACCGUUCGAAGGAUUUAGCCAAUUGGGAUCUGGUUAUUCGACCGCUGAACAGGAAAAGCCAGCUCGAUAUGCGUGGUGACCCCGAUAGCUGCGGCGUUUGGGCUCCCUGUCUCACUCACGACGGCGAGAAGUUCUGGCUCGUGUUCACAGAUGUCAAGCGCAAGGACGGAUCUUUCAAGGACGCUCACAACUAUAUCGUCAGCGCACCUUCAAUCGAAGGACCUUGGUCUGAUCCGGUUCACGCCAACUCGUCCGGAUUCGAUCCGUCCCUGUUUCACGAUGAUGACGGCAAGAAGUGGUUUGUCAACAUGCUUUGGGAUCACCGACGCCGGCCGUUACUCUUUGCCGGUAUCGCUCUUCAAGAGUUUGACCCCACAGCCGGCAAGCUUGUCGGCCCAAAGAAAAAUAUCUACACCGGCACUGAUCUCAAGCUCGUCGAGGGGCCGCACCUGUACAAGCGCAACGGCUGGUAUUAUCUAUUAACGGCUGAAGGCGGCACCGCAUACGAGCACGCAUGUACUCUUGCACGAUCUCGUGAUAUUUGGGGUCCCUAUGAGACACACCCUCAGAAAUAUAUUCUCACCUCGAAAGACGCACCUUUCGCCGCUAUUCAGCGCGCGGGUCACGGCGAUAUUGUUGAGACACCCGAGGGAAAGACGUACCUGGUGCAUCUCGGCGGAAGACCUACAACACAGAACCGCCGCUGUGUUCUUGGCCGUGAAACGAACAUCCAAGAGGCUUAUUGGGGUGACGACGAAUGGCUGUACGUGAAGAAUGGUCCGGUACCGUCCCUCCACGUCGAAGUUCCCGGCAGCCGCGACGACACGGCAUACUGGGCUGAGCAGAAGUAUACCUUUGAGAAGGGCCUGCACAAGGAUCUCCAGUGGCUCCGAACCCCCGAAACAGAUCGCAUCUUCUCGACAGACGACGGAAAGCUCACGCUGAUCGGCCGCGAGACUAUUGGUUCCUGGUUCGAGCAGGCCCUCGUAGCCCGGCGCCAAACCAACUUCUCCUACGACGCCGAGACCACCGUCGACUUCAAGCCGACCGACGAGCGCCAGUUCGCCGGCCUCACGGCGUACUACUGCCGCUUCAACUUUUUCUACCUUACCGUCACGGCGCACUCAGAUGGCCAGCGCGAGCUCCUCAUCAUGAGCUCCGAGUCGUCCUACCCCGACGGCAACCUCAACACGCCCUUCAUCGAGCCCGUGCAGAUCCCCAACGAGGGCAAGGUCAAGCUGGCGCUGACGAUCCGCGGGCCGGCGCUGCAGUUUUUCUACGCGCUGGAGGGCCAGGAGCUCGAGGCCAUUGGACCCGUCCUCGAUGCCUCGAUCGUGUCGGAUGAGUGUGGCGGGCACCAGGCGCACGGCAGCUUCACCGGUGCGUUUGUUGGUGUCGCGUGCUCGGACCUGAACGGAACUGCGGAGAAAGCCGUGUUUGAUUACUUUACCUACCGGCCUGUUCAGCACGAGAGCGAUCGGUAUGAGAUUUGA